CAGAUGCCUUAAAGUUCAAACAUAUAACAACAUAAGUGAUAAAAGGAGAUGAUAUCAUUGUAUGCAAAAGUUAAAUUGCGCUGUGUACUAGAUGGUACUGUCUGUAAGAUUUCUAGCAAAUAUUUCUGAUAUCAUUGAAGCAGAAGUCUGUCACUUAUAAGAAGUUAAUUUGUCGCACAGCUGUGCAGUGUAACUACAGAAGCAUCACAAGCCGCAUGUGAAAUAUAUUCAUUAUUGAUUACUGUAAAUCAUAGGUAUAGACAACACUGAUCUGACACUAAGUAAGAAAGUGUAAAAUCAAUACUAGACAUGAUAAACAAUCAACAUUGCGUUAUUCUUAAUUCGGGAGAGACCAAUAGCUACCAUCAGCCAGUCUCUGCGAAACCUUCUGUUGUUUCUGUAUCAAGUAUUGAUUCUGAUGUGAGUGAUAGAAGAGAUGUACGUGAAGAACUUUAUGCUGGAAUAUUCAGAAGACAUAGGAAGACCAUACUGGUACUAGGCAGUUUUCUCAAAAUGUUAAGGAAAUACUUGGACAGAUUGCAUGCUCUGAACCGAGUAUAUGCGUUAAUCGCUUUACAAUUUGAAAUUGUCGUGCAACAAAAGUUUUGGUGA